UAAAGCGUUACUUACUCCGUCAGUAAAACAAGACAACAUGCGACAACAAUACCUAGUGGUAUUCCUUUGUGUGUUUGCCUUUGUUCGACUGGAAGAAGAACCUGGACUUGACUUGUCUCGAGUUUCUGAAGCUAUACAACAAGAUUUUUUCAAUCUUUGCAACGGUAUUGGUUUAUUGCACAAAAACGUUCAUGGGGAUGUUGUGACUAUCGAUAACAUAAAAUUCUACUUAUGGCGAACAAAAAAAUCCAAAAAGUACACCAUCCUGGACCCUCGUAACCCCACUAAAUUAAUCAACAAGAAAGCACAGUAUGUUUUCUUUGUUCACGGUUGGUUGGAAAAUGUGAAUACUAGCUGGUACAACAAUUUGAAACACUCGUUUUUCGAAAUCAAUCCAGAAUUGUAUGUGAUUCAAGUGGACUGGUCAGAGUACGCCGGCAAGGAUUAUAUCAUAGCAUUGUAUGACACGCGAGAAGUUGGUAAUCUUAUCGGAAAACUGAUUAUUAAUUUGCACCAAACGUACUCCGUUCCGCUGGAUAAUUUCAUGGUACUGGUUGGGCAUUCUUUAGGAGGACAGGUGUGUGGUUUUGCAGGCAAACAUAUAAAAAAAUAUCUUGGGAAAAAAAUUCCAAGGAUCGUAGCUCUAGAUCCCGCUGGAGUUUUUUUCGAGGAUGCACCUGAGAGCGAAAAACUGAACCCAGAAGACGCCUCAGUCGUCGAAGUAAUUCACACCAGCGGUGGAAGGAUCGGGUAUAAGGAACCUUGUGGUACCAUCGACUUUUUUCCAAACGGUGGUAGUUGGCAGGCGGGGUGUAUCAAAGAAGCUAUUUUUAAUAUGACUGACCUCAAAACGAAGGUUUCGUGCUCGCAUUUUAGGAGCUGGCGGUUCUACAUAGAAGCCGUAGCUAACCCCCAAUCUUUUAGAGCAAGGAAAUGCAAGAGCUGGGAGGAUUAUACUAAGAAACCGGAUUCGUGUGAAGAUGAUUAUGAGACGAUGGGGGAUUUACACACUCAUAAACGGGGAAAGUACUACCUGAUAACAAACGAAAACCCUCCGUUUUCUCAGUAACGCGACUACCCGGAAAGUACUACUCAUUAAACUAUUUUAGUAAAAUUUGCAUUGUAAAAUACUACGAUAAACAGGUGUUAAGGACACGUGGUUUUUGUCGACUUUGCAAUUCGUGUUCGAGCGUUAUUUACGUUUAUAUUUCCUGAAAGCAGCAACGAAUGUCCGCAUCAGCGAACGCGAUCCGAACACAAAGAUCCAAUCUCCCAUUAUUUAGCAAAAUAAACAGUCAUUAUGAAAAUCAAGCACCUUUAUCGAUAUCUUGUUUGCCAGCAGCAACAGAAUCUGAAUUUCUUUACAAAUUGCUCUAAUUUUUCCAAAGAGAGGCGAUAGCGCCUAUCGCGACCUGCAAUCAGCACUUCAAUCAGAUCUGUCACGAUUUGUUUUUGCUCGAUUUCGAUUUUUUAAAUUACACAUCCAUCCGUCUCUCUCGCCGUUUCAUUCAAUUCCAUUUCAGGCUGAGUAAGCGCUGUGUCAAAAAACUGCAACGAAUCCGUUACGCAAAAGAAACAAUUUGCCGUUGAGAGAGAUAUAAACGAUCAAUCAGGCAACGAACUUUACCUACCAAACAUUAUGAAAGCGAUUCAGACACUAACUGUACAAAUAACAUGUGUGUUUGCUUCUGUGCGGUUUAGAUAAAAGUUCGCAGAAAACUGAACGCGGAUGCGGAGAUUUAGUUUUCAGCGCUAAUCGAUAGAGAUUGUCUGUCUCGCUCUUUUUUUGAGAUGGUCGGCGAUUAGUAAACGCGAGUUUUGUUUUUUCAGACACUUUCAACAAUGGAUUGAAUCUCAGCAGGAUUAAUCCGUUCCUUAUUUAUUUUCUUUUAAUUACCGCCGUAUUUUGUGCACUCCGUGCCGUUUUAUCGCCGAAAUCUCACCGGAAACCGCACUUCGAAUAGGAAAUGUAAUCGCGGCCAACCUAAUUAAGCUUAAUAAAAGAAUUUAACAGUAAAUGCACAAAUGCCAUGUUCUUUUUCAACAAUUAAGAUCGUAUCGGCUAUUGCAGGAAUGAUCUACGACCGCUACUGUGCUUCGCAUUUAUCAUUCAGAAUUUCUUCAGAAGCGAAUUCCUGGUAAAAAACGAAUUUCACACUAUCCUUAAUACGCGGUUUUUGCAUUCCAUUACUUUUUUCGCCAUUAAACGCUGCUGUACGCAAGCCGCGGUCCCGUUUUGAGGAAUUUACAUCUAAUCUGUAAUAAAUAUAAAAAUCUUAAUUAAAUUUUUAAUUCGAUGAGGUGGUGAUCGAUAAUUUAUUCGGCCGAAUUCAUUAGUGGCGGGAUUUCUGUCAACUUUAUUAUUUUAGUAGUUGUUCAAUUAAGGAAAUUUUAUCGGGGAGUUUAUCGCUAGAUUGUUGUUUAUGUUGGGUGAACCGUGAUUGUAACGAUACACCAAAACUUAAUUAAAAAUGUAAUUAAUGACUGUGGUGUUUUCGCAACGAAAUUUAAUAC